AUGUCAGGCAACUCCAACCAGGCGACGGUGCUGCAGUGCAUAGCGGCGGGCGCGGAGGAGUAUCUGGUGAAGCCGGUGACGAAGCGUGACGUCACGCACAUGUGGCAGCACGUGUGGCGCCGCAUCCAGCUCGUCUCUAACGCGCCGGAGAGCCUGCAGGUGCACAUCGUCCCCUUAAUAGCGGCAGCCUGGCGGAGCAUUCAGGCGCAGGCGCGUCCUCCUGCCCUGACGGCUCGUUCAACCCCAACGCGGGCGCCAAGCCGCUGCUCUCCCUGCGCUCCCAGCCCUGCUGUCGCUUUUGAUGCGCCUAGAAAAACAACUCUUCUGCUCUCCCCCUCUUUCCCCGCCGCGCGGCCCCCCUCGUCUGCUCUCCCGCUCUCCCUGCUUCCCCACUCGCCCCUGCAGAAUAGCGGCAGCCUGGCGGAGCAUUCAGGCGCAGGCGCGUCGUCCUGCCCCGACGGCUCGUUUAACCCCAGCGCGGGCGCCAAGCCGCUGCUCUCCCUGCGCUCCUCCUCCGGCAUGCACAACCCCCACUCCUCCUUCGACGAGGCCGCUGGCAACACUCUCCCUGCCAGCGCUGCCGCCGCCGCCGCCGCCGCUGCUGCUGCUGCGCAGGGAGGCGCUGCUGGUAUGGGAGCAGCCACUCGCGGGUACAGGCAGGGUCAGAGUCACGGUUAUGGGUAUGGGUAUGGGAUGGGAGGCACGAGUACGCUCCCCACGCACUCAUCUGCUGACACCCGCGGCACCUGUUCUUUCUCCAGCGGCAGUGGCCCCUUGGCUGCUCUACCGCUCCACAGUCACAACCCUCACCAGCCCCAGCAGCCCCACCAACCACACCAGGGCCACCAGCCUCACCAGAUUCACCAGCCGUUGGGGGUGGCCCGUGGGUUUGCCAGCGCUAGGGGAGAUGGGUCGCUGGGUGUGUCGGGAAGUAUGGGGCAGAGGGAGGGGUCGGUGGCGGAAGUGGCGCUGACAGGAGGGUCGGGGGAGCUGUGGGGCGGCGGAGGGGGCACGGAGAUUUGGACUGGGUCGGUGGAUGGGUGGCAGGCCGUGGGGGACGAACGAGAGAACCCGCAGCAACUGCAACGGCAGCAGCGGCCGGAGGAGGAGGAAGCGGAACAGCAGCCGCAGCAUGUGAAGGAGCACGCAGUGAGGGAGAAGCGAGGAGGAGGGGUGCUGAUGGUGGCAGGUCAGCAGGGGAAGGGCGAGAUGGAGCGGGAGCAGCAGCGGCAGCAGCUGCUGGCACAGUACCUGCGGUCAGGGGGGCAGAACGUGCAGGCGUUCAUAGCCCACAUGGACCACACAGGGGCGUGUGGAGGCGGAGGCGGAGCAGUGGGGGAAGGCGGAGGUGGAGGCGCAGGCGCAGGCGGGGGAGAGGGAGGCGGAGGCGGAGGCGGAGUUGGGGGCGGAGAUGGUGCUGUUGGCGCUGGUACCGCGUCCUCAGGCAGUGGGGGGGACAUUCACGAGUGGGUGGCCCGAUUGGAGCAGAUGCCAGAGCUGCAGGAGCAGGGCGACAGUGGCGACGGCGGGGACAAGUCGCCUGAGAGCGGAGCAGCAGCACGUGGGGGUGCAGUGGAGCGCAGAGAAGAGGUUGGUAGGGGCGACAAUGGGUCGGACGGAAGGGAUUCUCGGGGGAAGGGGAAGAGCGGGUGGGGCUUUCUGUCGGGUCCCAAGGCAGCAGCCUUGAAGAGGCAGCGGCUGGGAAGCCCAGAGGGUGAUGGGAGGCGGGCGGGGAGCACAAGUGGCAGCACAGGACAGGCAGGCGGCUCUGGGAAGGGAGGCGGUACAGGAUUGGGAAGUGGCUUGGGACGUGCGAGCAGGUUCGGGAAUGGUGGUGGCGGCGGCUUGGAAGGUGGUGGUUCUGGAAUGGCAGGCAGCUCGGGAUUGGGAGGUGGCUCGGGGCUGGUUGGUGGUAGCAGUAGGGGGUGUGAGAUGGUCGAGAGGGGUGAGCAGCGGGUUGACGGGGAGCUUGUAGGGGAGGCUGAGACGGCGUUCUGGUCUGAGCGGCGGAAUGAGAUGGAAGAGAUGCGACGGCGGGAGUUGCAAAGGGAGGAGGUGCGAAGGGAGGCGAUGCAAAGGCAGGCAAAGGGAGUGCAGGAAGGGCGUGUGGUGGGACAGGCGGACGAGAAGCAGGAGGAGUGGAUGGAGGGAGACGGGAGCAGUCAUGGGGCGAACACGGCUGGAAGAGACUUCGUUUGGAGGACGUCCCACUCCGUUUCCCGGAGCAACAACAGCAACUUGCUGCCUCCCGCUGACGCCGCUCACCCGUCCAUCCCACCCGCUGCUCCCCUCGCUCCUCCUCCUGACUGUGCGGCAUUUGUUUCCUUAGAAGCACAGCCUUGGUGUGGGGCUGAAGGUGAAGGUGCUGCUGCUGCUGCUGCUACCACCACCCCUCUCACCAUGCCCCGUGCUCUGUCGGAUCCCGAGCAGACCCGCCCUGCCAGUGGCGGCAGUGAGAGUGACCUUCAAGGGUGGGGCUCAGGAGAUUUGUCAGGUGGUGCGGGUGCAGGUGGAAGAGGGCGAGGGGGGGCAGUAGGACGCGGUAGAGGGGCGGGCAGGGGGGCGGGGUUUGUGGCGGGGCGAGGGGUGUGGGUGGGGGGGAGGGUUCAGGUGCUGAGGACGAUGAGAGGGAGGCGGAAGGAGGUGUCUCUGUCUGAGCAGCUGAUGCGGCAGCAGAGGGAGGCGGAGCAGAGGCGGAGCGGGGUGGGCGAGGGUCAGCAGGCAGGGGACGAGCAGCAGCAGCAGCAGCGGGAGGAGGAGGGGGGAGAAAUUUAUCAGCGGGAGUUGCAGUUUCCCGGCUCUUCGACGCGCUCUCAGUCUCAGAGCCACAGUCGUCAGGGCUGGGAGCAGCAGCAGCAACAACAGCGACGCUACACGCAGCAGGGGCAGGAGAGUGGGGAGAGCCAAGGGCUAGGUCAGCAGCAGCAGGGGGGUCAGCGCAUGCGAGUGCCGAGUGAUGGGGAUGAGGCGCCUGUGGUCAGUGCUGGUCCGCCCUCCUGGGUUGUGAUUCAGAGGAAAGGAGGAGGGGAGCUGAAACCUUUGUCGGUUAUGGCUGCUGCUACUGCUGCUGGAAAUGCUGGUGGUGGUGCUGCUGCCAGUGCAGAUGGAAGGCAGGUGGAUGGGUUGGGGGAGGAACAAUGGGGCGACGGCACGGGUGCUAUGGGUGGUGAGGACGGGGGUGAGGGAAACGAAGGUCCGAUUGGGAGUGGUGCAGUAGGAAACGAUGCGGUUGGGAGCGGUGCCUGCAUGGAGGUGGAUGGGAAGGAGGAAGGGGAAGCAGGAGCUGGUUCUGGCUCGGGCGGCUGGACAAACCACUCGUCAGGCUUGUGGAUGGAGAGCGGUAGUGCUGGGACUGCUCUGACCGCUGGUGCUGCAGGUGCUGGUGGUGGUGGUGGUGGUGGUGGGCGCAUUGCGCUGAUGAGCUGCAGACGACAGAGAUCACAAGGGGGAGGUGAGGGGCGAGAGGAGAUGCAUGGUGAUGGCGAGGUGGACGAGACGGAGGUGGGGAAGGAGGGAGAGGAGGAGCAGGAGAUUGAGGAAAACGAGGAGGAGGCAAGGGAGGAGAGGGGAAUGAGGAGAAUGGGAGAGGAGGGGAUUGCGGGGGUGCAUGGUGAGGAGAUGGAGAAUGGAGGAGUAGGAGGAGGUGGGGAGGAGCGUGAGGUGAGAGAGGACGGGGGUGUGCGCGAGGAGGAGUUCCAGGAGGAGUUCCAUCGAGGAGAGAGGACGGGGGUUUCACAUAAUGUCCAUGACGAGAGUGAAGCAGAGGAAGCCGGUGAAAGGGAUGUGGUGAGAGAAGAGGCGCCAGAGGAAACAGAGGGGGAUGAGCGGGAGCGGGCGGGGAUGCUGAGCUUGAACCCGGGAGUGCCACGUGAAGCUGUUGCUGCAUGGAUGAGGAGUUUAGGGAUGAGUGGGUUAGAGGCGAACGGGUCUGGUGGUGUGGUUGACCCUCGUAUGGUGGCGCUGCAAAUGUUCAUGCAGCAGCAGCAGAUGCAGCAGCGUUUGAUGAUGCAGCGACAGCAGCAGGAAUUGCAGCGGCAGGAGGAGCAGGAUACUGAGAGGCAGGAGCAGGAGAUGCAGCAGCAGGAGGACCAGGAGACUGAAAGGCAGGAGCAGGAGAUGCAGGGGCAGCAUGGAGGUAUUCAAGGGCAGCAGGAACGCAUGCAGGCCCAGCAGCAGAUGAUGCUGGGUGCAGCAGCAGAGGAAGCAGAGAUGCAGCAGAGUUCAGAUCAACAAGGGUUGGGAUGGGAGGAUGGAGGUGGAAGGGACGAGGAGCAGCAGCGGGAAGCCCCAGCAGGGGCUGUGGAUGCGGAUGAGGGCGAAGGGGGAGAGGGGGUGGGCGGACCAGCGAGGGAGGGAGGAGGAAACGAAGAUGAGGCGCAGAGGGAGUGGGAGCAGUGGCGGCUGUGGGAAGAGCAGCAAGGGCUACUGGAGGGAGGGCCAGAGGAGGGAGUGCAAGGGGAGGGAGUGCAAGGGGAGGCAAUUGAAAUGCAACAGGAGCUGCAGCAGGUGCAGGAGCAGGAGCAGGAGGAGGAGGACGAGGAGCAGGCGCCACAGCAAGAAUUGCAGCAAAGCUGGGGCCCGGGGCAAGAGGAGGAGGGGCACGAGGAGGGGGAAGGGGAGGGGCAAGAGGAAUUGCCGAGUGCGGGGCAGGAGGAGCGAGAGUGGUUGAGAAGACAGCAGGAGUUAGAGGGAGUGACUUCCGUGGGAUGGGGGGAAGACGGUCCGGCGGAGCAGCAGUGGGGCAUGGGGCAGGAACGCCAAGGUCUGGAACUUGCUGCAGUGGGCAUGGAAGGGCAAGAGAUGGAACGGGGCGAGGAGGAAAUGGGAAGGGGAGGAGAAGGGGAGCAGGAGGGUGAUGAAGCAGGGGCAGCCGAAUUAGCAGGGGAUGUAGCAGCAGAUGUAGCGGACGAUUCACCUGAGGAGAUGCAGAUUCAGUAUCUGAGGCAGCGGCUGUUGCAGCUGCAGCAAGAGAGGCUGCUGCGGAUGCAGCGGCUACAGCUGCAGCUACAGCAGCAGCAGCGCUGGCAGCUCGGGGAAGGAGAGGGCAGCGAAGGGGGGGCAGAGGAGGAAGGGGAAGGGGAGCAAGUGGGAGAGAUGGCACUGCAGCAAGUGGGAAACGUGCUGCAAGGGAGAGGGCUGCAGGAAAUGAGGGCUUUGCAGCAGAUGCAAGAUGCGGGGUUGCAGCAACUGGUGCUGAUGCAUGGUGAGGGAGAGGAACAUGGGAUGGGGGGUGAAGGGGGGAUGGGGGAAGGUGGAGAAGAGAUAGAGCACGCAGAGGAGAGGGAGGAGGCAGGGAAUGGAGUACAGGGAGAGGAGCAGGGAGAGGAGCAGAUAGACGGCUCGCAGGAGCAGAGAGGACAGGCGACACAGGAAGAAACUGAAGGGGAGCAGAAUGCGGCAGGGGGGGAGGGGGAGGAGGGGAAGGACGAGGAGGCAAGGGAGGAGCGGAGGCGCAAGUGGGAGUUUUUCUUCCUGCGGCAGAGGCAGCAGCAGUUGUUUGAGUUCGAACAGUACCAGCUACAGCAGCUUCUGGCCAUGGAGCUCGCGGAGAAGGAGAAGGCCCAGCGGGAGAGGGAGGGGGGACAGGAGGGAGCGACGGAGGGAGAGCGGGAGGGAGAGGGGGAAGGAGGCGGGGAGAGAGCUCCGGAGGAGGGAGAGAGGAAUGGGGCGCAGGAGGGAGAGGAGGGGGGAGAACGGGAGGGCGAGCAGGAGAGGAGAGAAGCUGAGACGAGAGCCGGUGGGGACGCGGUAGCAGAGCAAGGGACGAGUGGAGAGGGUGGGGGCGAGGAGUGGCGGCUCGCGUUUGACUUGAAUGAGGAGCAGGUGGGGGAAGCAUGGGCGGAUGGAGAGGGCGAUGGCGCUGCUAGUGCUGACCGCUGUGCUGCUGCUGACGAGCCUCAGGGUGAAGUCGGCUGUGUUUCUGCUGUUGUCGGUGUUGGCGCUGGUGCUGAUGACCACUGUGCUGCUGCUGCCAAGCCUGAGGGUAAAAACGGCUGUUCUUCUGCCGUUGUUGCUGUUGACGCUGGUGCUGGUCAUUGGGCUGCUUCCGAACCUCAGGAUGAUAACGGUUUUGGUUCCGCUGCUCACUAUGACGCUCAUGCUGCUGCUGCUGCUGCUGCUGUUGCUGUUGCUGUUGCUGCAACUGCGGACGGGGUGGGUGACAACCACGGUGCGGCAAGUAAGCGUGUUGGUGUGGCAAGUGGCAGCAAGGCGAGGCCAGGUGCGCACCUGUUGCUGCUAGACAUGAACGCAGAGGCAGAGGCAGACAUGUGGCUUGAUGCAGAGGCAGAGGAGGCAGCAGACAUGGGCUUGGAUCUGGGGUUGGGAGGAACGUGUGGGGCACAGCAGAUUCAGCAGAGUCAACGGAGUGAAGGCGGUCUGGGUGGAGGAGAAUCGGGUGGGGGGGAGCAGGUGGGGGGAGGCAUGGUUGGGUUGUCGCUGGGUCUUGAGUUGGGCGCUACAGAGACAGAAAAGUGGUUUGAGAAGGGGAGAGUAGAGGUGGAGAAGCAGGAGAGGGCUUCAGGGCCCCACUCGCCAGCUCCCCACUCGUCAGAGCACCACUCCUCAGGGCCCCACUCGCCAGCUCCCCACUCGUCAGAGCACCACUCCUCAGGGCCCCACUCGCCAGCUCCCCACUCCUCAGGGCACCACUCUUCAGGGCCUGAUGCGUUGCUGGUGGAUCCUCCUGUGCCUGGAGCACGCUCACGUGUGGUGAACUGGCUGACGCAGCACCAGCAACGGUGGCGAAAGCAGCAGGCGGAGCAGCAAGUGAAGGAGGAGCAGGAGGUCAAGGGGGAGGAGGGACGGGAUUUGGAGCAGGGGCAAGAGGGCAAGGAGCGGGAGCAGGAGGAGCGGGAGCAGGAGCACCAGGGCGGGCACGUACGUGAGCUUGUUUCUGGAUCAUCGGCUCUUUCCUGCCACUCACGACCAGCAGACAAAGUAGCAGGCGAAGCAGCAGAAGCAGAAGCGAAGGACGCAGCAGGAGGAAGAGGGGCAUCAAAAGCGUCCAUCCCUACCCGCCAUGAGCACGUGCUGUCUCUCCGGCGCUUCCUCUCGCUGUUUCACACGCAGCAGCAGCAGCACGAGCGCGAAGGCGCAGCAACGACUGCCAGCAACUGCCCUGGACUACCACCAGCAGUGCCUAUCCAGCAGCAAGCAGUGUCCGUUUUCUGUGAGAUAGCUCGGCUGGUGGCAGCAGCCCAUGCGAACGGCGAGGCACUAGGAGAUCAGCUGCGGCCAUCUAGUAUCAGAGUAACCCUCGGGCCCCAGCACUGGCUGCUGCCCUCUUGCUGUGCUCCCAACGCUGCUGCUGGCUGCAGUAAGGAGGAGAAACGCCUGAGGGAGGGAGAGGGUGUCGUGGUGGAGCGACAGGAGAAGGAGAGGGAGGAGGAGGAGGAGGAGGAGGAGAGAGAGUAUUACGCGGCGCUGGAGGGGGGAUCAGGGAGUGGGAAGGCAGAGGGUGGGGAAGAUGCAGAGAGGGAGAGGGAGAUGGCAGCGGAUGUGUACCGGCUGGGGAUGCUGUUCUUUGAGCUGACGUGUCACAUGAGCGACCAGUCGGAGCGCAGCAGUGCAAUGGAGGAUGUGAGGAGCCGAGUGCUGCCCACAUCAUUCCUCAUGGCCUUCCCCACCGGCGCUGCCUUCUGCCUCUGCCUGCUGCACCCCGUGCCCUGCAGACGCCCAACCAUGAGGGAUGUUCUCACAAACAGCCUCUUCCUCCGCCUCGCUGCAGAAGCUUCCGCCGCAGCUUCCUCCCCCCAGUGCCAGCUGUCCGUGUCAUUCUCAACCCAGCAAGUUCCGGAAGUGCAAGGAGACGCGGAGGGGCAGGAGGAGCAGGAGGGGAAGGAGGAGGAGGAGGAGCAGGAGGGGAAGGAGGGGCAGGAGGAGGAGCAGGAGGAGGGGCAGGAGGAGGAGCAGGAGGAGGAGCAGGAGAGGGAGCAGGAAAGGCAGAGGGAGCAGGAGAGGGAGCAGGAAAGGCAGGAGGAGCAGGAGGGGCAGGAGCGGCAGGAGGAGCAGGAGAGGCAGGUGGAGGAGGAGAGGGAGCAGGAAAGGCAGGAGGAGCAGGAGAGGCAGGAGGGGCAGGAGGGGCAGGAGGGGCAGGAGGAGCAGGAGAGGCAGGUGGGGCAGGAGGGGCAGGAAGGGCAUGAUGGUACUGUUGACGGCGGUGUGUGCGUUAGCAGGGAUGUGGAGGGGCGUGAGGAGGGAGAGGAGGGAGAGGAGGGAGAGGAGGGAGAUGGGGGAGAUGAGGAAGAGGAGGAAGAGGAGGAAGAGGAGGGGCCGUGGCAGCGCAGGCCAGGCAAGGAACCCAUGGUGGAAGUGAGCGAUGGGGAUGACGAUGGUCUUCAUUGGAUGCAGGAUGAAGGUGAAGAGGGUGCUGAGGGUGGUGAGGAUGCGGAGUUAGAUGGUGGUGGGCGUGGUGGACAGGGAGAGGGGGAGGAGGAUAAGAGAGAAGAGGUGGAGGAUAAGAGAGAAGAGGUGGAGGAUAAGAGAGAAGAGGUGGAGGAGGAGGAAGAUGAGGAAGAGGAAGGAGGGCGGGAGGGCGCUGCUGCUCGUGGCGGUUUGUUUGGGGAGGGGGCUAGAGGCUAUGCGUUUACUGGUACUCUUGAGUUGAGUAGAAAGCGAGAAAGGGCGCAGGAGACGGAAGAGAGGGGGGAAGGGGCUGGUGGCGGUGGGGAAGACAAUGGGGAAAGUACGCGUGGCAGAGAGGGAGAGGAGGAAGAGGAGGAAGAGGAGGAAGAGGAAGACGAAGAGGAGGGAGGAGGGGAGGCAGUGGGGAUGCGAGGGAGCAAGAGGGUUCGGUGUGAGGAGCGGACAGAUGUGGGGCUGACACAGGAGGAGCCCCUACGUGGUCAUCAGCGUCAGCCUGCUUCAUUGCCACAGGAGGAGCCUCUGGUGCAGUCGCCUCAAGCGCUGAGACAGGAGGAGGAGCUGAGUCUUGAUCCGCCUGAAAUGCUCACAGAGACAGAGUUGGCAGAGAGGGAGGAGGAGAACGAGGUGCUCCUGGAUUUUCUCCUGAGGGUGCAGCAGGGGAAGGCGGAGACCUCCCAGCAGGUGGCCGCCAAUUUGGACGGGCUCUCUGCUGACGUGGCGGAGGUUGCUGAGAGGAGGCAGCUGCUGCUGGCGCUGUCUCGGCCUAUCAGCGCGCGCCAAUUCACGAACCCAGGCACUGGGAGUGGAGCCGAAACGGAUGCUGCAGUAAGAGAGGCGGAUCAAGAAAGAGAUGCAUCAGAUGCCAGGGUAGGGGCGAGGGGGGAGAGCAGGAACGGUGGUGGGAGUGGGUGGAGACAGGGCCAAAGGCAGCGGAUAGAAGAGGAGGGUGCAGUGGGGAUGCGUGGGGGUGUAAGACAGGGAGGAGCAGCACAGGCGGGGGGGGGAACAGCUUUACAGGGCAUGAGAGGCAGGGGGGAGGAGUGCACCCGGCUUUUAGCCUCGACUGCUGCUGCUGCUGCUGCUGCUGCUGUUGCUGUAGCAGCAGCUUCUGGCACAGCACCGGCUGUAGCUCGUGGUGCACCAGCAGAAGCAGGCGCUACAGCUGCAGAGGAAGCUUGGCAGAACCUUCCAGAAGCUGCCAAGGCGUGGCUGAGACGGCAGUGGGCCAUGGGGCCUGCGGGGGCAUUUGUUGCUUCUCCAACAGCCCUUGAUCAGUCACAUAUUCUCUCAUAUGCACAUGCACAUACACAUACGCAUGGGCACACAGGGGGCAGUGAGCAGCAGCAGCAGCAGUAUCUGCUUCAGGCGCAGACCUCUGCAGAGGAAACUCUCUCAGGAGGGUCGGAAGGUGCCUUUUCCUACUGGGCUGCACGGGGAAGGGCGGCUAGUGGGGCAGGUGUGGGUGCAGUUGGGGGGGCAGGUGUGGGCGCAGAUGGGGGGGCAGUAGGGGGAGCUGCAGGGAGGGAUGGGGAUGGGGCAGACGAGGGGCACAUGCAAGAGGUGUGGGGGCGGCUGGGCUGUGUGCUUCAAACGGUGAGGACGCUGGGACAAGAUGUGACUGUAGAGAGGGGUGCUGGGACCAGUGCUGCAGCUGGCGGGGAUAGCAGGAGUGGCAGUGCAAGGGAUGGUGCCAUGGUUGCGGGUGGUGUAGCGGAGAUAGUAGCAGGAGGAGGUGCUGCCCUUGCUUCACCUGCAGCUACAGCCACCGCUGCAGCGGUAGCGGCAGCAGCAGGUACAGGGGCAGCUGGUGGAGCUGCUUGUACGGACGCGAGUCUAAGGGCGUCAUCUGCGCUGGGCCCUGCCUCUGCGGCUGCUGAUGAUGCUGAUGCUGGUGGUGGCGGUGGUGAUGCCACAGGUGGUGUUGGUGUUGCUGGGAGUGCUGGGGGUGCUGGGGGUGCUGGGGGUGCUGGGGGUGCUGAGUCUGCUGCUCCUGGGUCCAUCCCUGCCCCUGCGUCUCGUUCCGAGCGGAAGCGGCACACCAGCAGCGUGGGAGGGGAAGAGUUUAGAAAGGAGAGGGGUUACAGCAAGCGGAGAGCGCUGCAUGAGCAUGCCAGCACCACCAGCGCCAGCAGCAGAGAGAAGACGGAACCGGCACUGGACGCUACAAGGCAGGAGGGUGCUGGCGGCACAAGCAUGGGGCAGGAGGGGAGGAGGGGGGAGGGAGGUCGGGAUACGAGAAGGUUCGGCAAGCUGCAGGUUCGGGCGGCGCUGCGCCGAGGCGACCUGCUAGGCUCGGCAGACAUGGUGUGCUCGGUGGCGUUCGACCGGGACGGGGAGUUCUUUGCUUCGGCGGGCGUGUGCAAGCGCAUCAAGGUGUUUGACUGCAAUGCUGUGCUGCGCGCUGCUGCUGAGAGAGGGGCACGGGUGAAGGAAGUGAGGGAUGGGAUGGAGGUAGACGAGGAGGGGGAGCUGGAGGGAGGAGAAGCAGGUGGAGCGGGGAUAGGGGAGGGGUUUGGAAGGGGGAGAGGCGGAGGAGUGCGGAGAGGGGAAGGGGGGCAGGCGAGGCAAGAGGAGGGGCAGGGGGGGGUGGAGGAGGGGCAUGAGGAGGAGCUACUGCAGUAUCCAGUGGCGGAGAUGGCGUGCGACUCGAAGCUGAGCUGUGUGAGCUGGAACCCUUUUGUCAAGAGCCUUGUGGCCUCCUCCAACUAUGACGGCGCCGUGCAGGUGUGGGACGUGUGUGCGGGCGAGGCGAUUGCAGAGUACAGGGAGCACGAGAGGCGAGUGUGGAGUGUGCACUGUGCGCCCACCGACCCCACCAAGCUCGCCAGCGGCAGCGAUGACGGCUGCGUGCGCAUCUGGAGUCUGCAGCAGGACUCCAGCGUGGCCACCAUCCGCACGCGGGCCAACGUGUGUGCGGUGCACUUCUCGCCCGCCUCCUCGCACAUCCUCGCGCUCGGCUCUGCCGACUUCAAGCUCGCCCUCUACGACCUCCGCAAGCUGCGCUCGCCCCUCGCCACGCUCCCCGGCCACUCCCGCGCCGUGUCCUACGUCGCCUUUGCGGACCCCCUCACGCUUGUCUCCGCGUCCACUGAUAACACGCUGCGCGUGUGGGACUUGAGGGACGUCCUGGGGAGUGCUGGGGAUGGGUCAGUGAUGGGACUGCAGCAGCAGCAGCAGAGGCAUCCCGGCCAGGGGGGCGUGGCGCCGUGUGUGCUGACACUGUCGGGGCAUGUGAAUGAGAAGAACUUUGUGGGGCUGUCCGUGUCUGAAUCGGGGUACAUUGCAUGCGGCUCCGAGAACAACUCGGCGUAUGUGUACCAUAGGAGUGUGCCUGCUCCCAUAACGUGCCAUCGAUUUGGGGCUGUGGAUGCUGUCACGGGGAGGGCGGGGGGAGAGGACGCAGGGCACUUUGUGAGCAGCGUGUGUUGGCGCAAAGGCACUCACUCCCUUGUCGCGGCGAAUUCUAUGGGCGAUGUGAAGGUGCUCGAGAUGGUGGAGUGCGGCGGUUUGACUAAGGAGCAGGAGGAGCAGGAGGAGCAGGCGGAGCAGGAGGAGCAGGAGGAGCAGGAGGAGCAGGAGGAGCAGGAGGAGCAUGAGGAGCAGGAGGAGCAGGAGGAGCAGGAGGAGCAGGAGGAGCAGGAGGAGCAGGAGGAGCAGGAGGAGCAGGAGGAGCAGGAGGAGCAGGAGGAGCAGGAGGAGCAGGAGGAGCAGGAGGAGCAGGAGGAGCAGGAGGAGCAGGAGGAGCAGGAGGAGCAGGAGGAGCAGGAGGAGCAGGAGGAGCAGGAGGAGCAUGCAUUGCAUGAAGAUCAUGAGUGCCUGCAGCCUACCUUUGAGGUGCCUCGAAUGAUUCCAAUCUGCAGCCUCAUGUGUGCUGGCUGGAAGGGUGUGUGUGUGGACACUUGCACCCAUCCAACCAACGAGUGA